AUGAAAGUGGCUGAACAUGGAUUUACAACUGAAGCUGAGGAUCUAAUUAAGGACGGGGUUGAUGUCAAUGGCCUUAACUUUAGAACCGAAAAAACGCCCCUGGUCCUAGCAUCAGAAAAUGGACACACAGAAACUGCUUGUUUAUUAAUAAAGUACGGGGCAGAUAUAGAGGGCGUAAAAGAUUAUUAUUCACCUUUGGCGUCAGCUGCAGAGAAUGGACACACAGAAACUGUUGGAAUGCUGAUAGAAAAUGGAGCGAAUAUAAACAAAAUAAUUGAUUCUGACACAUCAAUUUUAAGUUUGGCCUCGAAGAAUGGACACAACGAUACAGUAAAAUUACUCAUACAAAAUGGCGCUGAUGUGAAUAUUGAAGAAGAGGACCCUGCUCUAAAGUGGGCCGUAGGAGAUGGACUCACAGAUGUUGCCCGAACGCUGAUAGAAGGAGGAGCCAAUAAGGAUUACCAAGACUAUUCGGGAUGUAGUCUUUUAGAAACAGCGAUAAUAACGGGGAAAACGGAUGUAGCUAAAUUACUAAUAGAGAAAGGG